UGACCACAAUGAAGUACGAGUCAUCGCUGGAGAAGUUUCAGGAAACGGUUAAGAUGGCCCGUCGUUUAGCCGAUUUUUGCGGAUUGGAUCUAUUGGCAGAAAAUUACAGACCAAAUUUUCGCACGGGCUUAGCGCUGUUCGGAGGCUGCAGCUACCUGGUCACGGGGGUGUACAGUGCUUGGAUCUUCUAUCCGAACAUCUACGAAUCCCUGCAGGCGGUGACUCCGCUCGGAAUGGCGCUACAGGGACUGGUGAAAAUGUACAACGCUAUCGUGUAUCGAAGCUUUUUUCAAGACAGCCAUCAAUACCUGGAGGAUUUUCACCGGGCGUACGUUGAAUGUCCGCAAUAUAAUGCAGAGCUCGUAAGCUUGAUGCGGAAGAUGCAACUUGCGAUUAAGUUGUUGAUCUUGAGUUACCUGAUUGCUAUAGCCGGAUUUGGGCUCUACCCGUUGUAUUUCUAUCUGUUGUAUGGGGAAAGAACAUUCGCAUUGAAUGUUUUAAUACCCGGUGUGGACUCGCGAACUUACUGGGGUUAUGUGUGUACUUUGGCCUAUCAGAUGUUUCUGUUAGCACUCGCUAUCAACGGAAUAACUGCCUACGAUACUGUAAUGAUGUUAUUCAUCUGUAACUUGGCUGGAUUAGUUGACGUGUACAAGAUUAAACUGAGAGAAUUAGACGCACUGCUGUUGGCACCAAACAGGAGUCCUAAAAAAAUUCACGAUAAACUUCGUGAAAUUGUUAUUGAGCAUUAUGAAAUUUUGAGAUAUGAAUCAGAAUUAGAUGAAAGAUAUAUUGUUAUAAAUUUUGUUCAAGUGGCUUCUUCGGUAGCAUGCCUCACUUUGUCGCUGUUUCUCUGUUAUAUGACUAACUACCUACCGGGAUAUGCGUUCAUGAUUGGGGCUGUUUUCCAGCUGUUAGAGUUUUGUUUGCUAGGUACAAUUUUCAGCGUUAAGAAUGACGAUGUCAUUGUUGCUAUCUAUGACAUUAGCUGGUAUCUACUGGAUCGGUCGGACAUAAAAAUGCUUAACUUUAUGUUUCACCGCAGUCAAAACUCCGUAAAUUUAACCAUUGGAGGUUUCGCACCACUGAACAUUGAAGUAUUCGUCGAGAUAAUGAAAACAAUCUACCAAUAUUUCGCUAUGUUAAUCAGUUUCAUGGAACCUUAGAAACAAGUUACCGUAGCAUUGUUCCACAUAACAGAUUCACUACAGUUCUGAAC